GCCGGCAGGGCAACUAAAACAAAACCGCCCCCCUCCCCCCCACUCCUUAGUUCAAAGUCUGGAUGCGCCACUGGUAAGAGAUUUGUUAACCAGAGGCCAGGUAUAUGAAAAUGAAGACCUACUCUCUACGUGUCGAUUUCAAAUUGCGAACCUGCUUAUACUCUCAAACCACUCUGAAAACAAUACUUCCUUUUCGUAACACAGGAUACAAUAUGCAUGGAUCUUAAUUUGCCCCAAUGAAUAUUUAUAGUUGUUCCUUGAUUAAAAUUAGAUCUUGAAUUUCUACUCGCAGGUUUUGUUCUCAGCCCUUGGAUUUUUAAAACAAUGGCGAUGCUAAGAAGUCAGCAGCUGUUUGCAAUCACCCAUUGCCUUCUGGUCUGGUCUAGUACUAGUGUUGCGGGACUUCCCGCUGGAGUGGAAAUCAAAAACUUGAGGCUUUGUGGUUCACACAAUGAGACUGCCAAAGCCACAGUGUACCCUUGGCCUUUUGUACCAUCUCGAAAACCAGCAAAUAUGAGCGUUACGUUAACCCCCGUGGUUGACGUUUUGGAUGCGACGAUACAGUAUGAACUGAAAUCGGUAUCAGACGGCCGCGUCAUACUAAGAGAUAGGGACAACUUAUGCAUCUAUGCUCCUAGACUCUGCAGUUUAGCUGCUGGUGAUGAUGGGUACUGUCAGAUUAGAAGUCAGCGUUUUCAACGAGGAUCAUAUCAUGUUUUUCUGCCUUGAUGUUGUUGCUACGAUACACUAGUGAAGCUCGCGAUGACGAAAGUACAGUAAUCAAGAAAUGUGUAGCGUUUAUAAGAUAAACUUAGUCUGAUGAAUUCCCCUCUGCAAUGCAUGUAAGUCACAGUCGUCACAAUUAGAAAAGAGGGGAAGAUAAAACAUACAUGUAUAAUAUGCAUGGUGCCAAACUUACCUAAAAUCGGUUUUGAUUAAUAAACCAAUGUUAAAUCAAAUCAGUGUAUAAAAUUAUACCAGAAAUUAAAACUGUUUAGUGACUAAUUGCCUGUCCAUCGCGUAUUCUGUUAUAUCAAGUACGCCCGUGAAUCGAAAAGUUCUGUUCCUGGGGCAGAAAGGAACAAUCUCUUGAAUUAUCCUACCAUUUUGAUUUUAAGAAACACAAUUCCUUGGUGAGAGAAACUGCAACAUCGGAACGGACACAGAAAAACUACUUGCCAGAAGAAUCGCACAUGGAGUAAUUCCUUUCGUUAAUUCGAAGUUGCAGUUAGUAUCACCCAUAUCACACCAUUUAGAAACCUCUUUCCUCCAUGAACGUCCCUAAGUGAGUCUCAAUCACACAUCCAAGUUUCUAUUUUUUGGCAUUUUUUUCUCCUUGUUUCUAAACCUCUCUGACCCAUGCCAAAGUCAGCUGAACCCGCUAAACAAACAUCAAGAAAGUCCUGAUUCCUGGUAAAAUAACCGCCUAACGUAAUUUGACGUUUCGAGCGUAAACUUGCCUCUGAACAAGGGCUAACCCUCCAAAUUUUAGUUUCACAGACUUGCUACGAGGGUUAAUUUAUCUGUAUCCACAUCAAAAUUACAAAUAGCCAAGCGUUUCACGUAGCUGCCGACGCAGUCCAAACGUUUCUGUAAUUCUAAUUCCCCAUCAUAUCAACUAGUCACGGCGACCGUACCGCGAUUAUAGGCAGAGAGAUUUCAAACAAGAGUCGCUUUCUUUUAUCUUCCCUUGCGCUCGGCUUUUUGGCGACUACGGCCGUUGAAGCGUGAUCGCAAUCAUGUUACAUUCUGCACUCACAUUGGCCAAUUCGAAACGCCAGCCACGCGUACAAAGUAGACUGUGUAAGGGAUGCAAAAGACAAAUUUUGUCGCCAGUCCCCUAAUACACACACUCGCCCCCGUGAGGCGAAAUCAUGUCGCGCGAUUGUCUUUGAAUCAGCCAAUCAUACCGGUGUUUUGGAUCCUUUAAUUUUUUCAAAUUAUUGAACGGUGCAGACACAAAAAAGUUUAAAUCUCCUUGUACUUCUUGAGAACUUAAAAUGUUUUCGAGGCCGAAACGACCUUUAGAAGAUCAUGGGAUAGAUCCAGAUGCUAAGAGAAAACUAAUCUCGCGACCGUCCCUCCAUUAUCUACGUUGGAACAUGUAGCUCUUGAAUUCGAAAUAUUACGAUUUUUAACCACGAUUCGUUAACUGCCAUCCCUUCCAUCUUAAGUCUCUCCUCUCGCCUCACGGGGGCUUAUGUGUGUAUUGACUAGCCCCCCUUAUAAUUUAUCUGGUCUUAUGGCUGUGGUGUUUUUAUGGCGUUGCCUUGUGAUGUGAGAGCGGUUUGUGAGAGUCACGAGACCCCGCCCUUGCUUUGCUUUAUGUGGGGAGACGCCAACCAAGGACAUCGCAACAAUCUGUCACAAAAAAAAAAACAAAACGGUCUACACUGGACAUAAAUUGCGCCCAAAUUGCAUCAUAGACACAAAAACAACCCUAUGUUGAUGUGAGUGAGGUUUAUUUGCACAUUCAUAGCUUUAUAUAGCUUUCAUAUUUAGGCCUAAGGUUAAUUUCCCGUACAAAUUCUAUAAAGCACUCGUUUCGUUACAUUUAGCCACAACAGUCACAUACUGAGUUGCGUGCCCCGACCGAUUAAAAAUGGCCUAGUGAUCCAGCCUUUUGGUCUAAAUUACCGGCAAAUCCGGUGGGUGAGGGGAUAUUAAUUACCGCAACGAUAAACAAUAUUGGUGAAUACACAGAGAGGUCGAUGUAAGUCGUUUUUAUUCAAUUUAUUCUCCAUAUUGCGAACAGUUACAUACGAUCGUUACAUUCCCAUUCAAACUCUUAUAUUUACGUUGUUUCGCAUUGUCAUAUAAUAAUGUUCCCGGCUCCCAAGGGGCUUGGGAAACCUGUGGUGAAAUUUGCUAACUUGAAGUAUAUUUUAUAUAGCGAUACCUACCUGAAUAUUUAUAUUUAUAGCAGAGUCGUUUUCUUGGAUUAACCUUCAACCUUCAAAAGAAGCUGGAUCCAGAUUUGGAGACCUCUAAAAGAAGAAAUGCUUAACAUUCCACCAGCCCGCUGCAUUAAAUUACACAUGUCGACCGCAUGUUCAUCAGUGAAAACCAACUGAACUGCACUGACAGUUUCC